UCAAAAUAUAUCGAUAAAAGAUUUUGUUUUGAUUUUAUUAGUUCAGAGCACAUAAUGUUUGUUUUAUUCUUGAGAUGACAUUCAAACUUGAUUUUUCAAGAUCCUGUGUUUUACAAGGUGGUCUGGACGCUGAAUUAGCACAAGUCGCUAAACCCGGAAAUUCAACUUCGUCUUGGCUGGUCACAGCAAACCUGUUCAUCCAAGUUUUGUCAUGUGUUCAAUGUUUACUCUUUAUACAGAUUGAAACAAGGAUUUUGAUUUACUACAGAUAUUGCUAUAAAUAAGAUUUACAGAAAUCUAGGCCAUGAUAGAGGAAAUAAUUAAAUUAAUAAUAAUAAUAAUAAUAAUAAUAAUAAUGUAUAAUAUUGCAUGACUGUAUUAUGGCUGAAGGAGCAAUUAGGACUGAAGAGUAAUAUGAUGUGCCCUGGUUGUAAUUGGGGGGUUGAUUUCUGGUUUGUGUGUGUCUCCUGCAGGUUGUGGAUGAGUGUCUGUGUUUGAGUGUGUGUGCAUGAUGGAAGGGCUGUACACACACAGUGUGUAUCUGCUCCAGGAGCUGCAAGAACAGAGGAUUCAGGGGCUGCUGUGUGACUGCACGCUGGUGGUGAAGGGCGUGUGCUUUAAAGCACACAAGAAUGUCCUUGCUGCCUUCAGCCCCUACUUCAGAUCUCUGUUCCAGAACUCUCCAGCAGUGAAAAACGAUGUGUUCCAUCUGUCUAUUCAGGACGUAGGGGGCAUCGGACAGAUUCUGGACUACAUGUACACUUCUCACCUGGAGCUUAACCCGGACAACGCGCACACACUGCUGAACAUCGCACAGAGCCUCCAGGUGUCUAACAUUCUUAACAUGUGCACUGCAUACUUGAAGCCUGUGACUCCACCCCUUUCACUGCCCGAUUGUGUUCUCGGGAGCCCGUUACCCGCAGAGCCUGACUUCCAAAGCCCCGCCCCCAAUGAUAUCACCAAUCCCAGUGCUCAAUCCAAGCGACCCCAACAGACAACCGGGAUGUCAGUGGCCCCACCCACUGGCAACCUGGAAGCAGCCAGUAGUCUUCCAGCUCAUGGAUAUAAACUGAGGAACUUUUACAGCAGGCAGUAUUUUAAAAAAGUAGCAGAGGAGCAGAAUAAUACACGAGCUGCCAAUCAGAGCCUUCCAAAGCCGCCCAUGAAUGCAGACAACCAAUCGCUGCAUUCGGCGGCGUCAGUAACAACUAGUCAGAUACCACCAGACACAGGCAAUCCUGUUGCGUCUCAAUCCACUGUGCCUGUAAUGUCGCAGCCAUUAACAUGCUCUGCAAAUGCUCCCGUGCCCCCUUCUUCCAUGUCAUCAUCGACAUCCUGUGCUCCUGUGAGUGGGGCAAAAAGCACCCCUGCAUCUCGCACCAUGUGCCCUAAAAAGGCUGUGUACCUGAAGAAGUUUAAUUACCACGUCUUGGAUGAGGGGGUGGAACCUGAGGGUUUGAUUGACAGCUGCAGUUCAGAACGAGACCAGCAGGUGGGGAUAGGACGCAGGCAAGAACUCGAAAGCAGAGACACGCCUACUGAGGAGCCGGAACCCAGGAUGCUACCGAACCCCGCCCCACCACAGCAGCCAGAGCAGACAUGCCCUCAAAGUCAGAAGUCAGAAGGGCCAAAAGUUGCAGAGAAGAGUAACAAGUGCUGCUGUGAAGUGUGCGGGAAAACAUUCAAACACCCCAGUAAUCUAGAACUGCACAAACGCGCACACACUGGGGAGAAGCCAUUCCAGUGUAAUGUGUGUGGAAAGAAGUUUUCCCAGGCAGGAAACUUGCAGACUCAUCUCCGCCGCCAUUCAGGAGAGAAACCCUAUAUCUGUGAGCUCUGUGGGAAAAGUUUUGCUGCGUCAGGUGAUGUUCAGCGGCACAUCAUCAUCCACUCUGGAGUCCGACCUCACCUUUGUGACAUCUGUGGACGAGGUUUUGGUAACCUCAGCAAUCUGAAGGAGCACAAGAAGACGCACAGUUCGGAAAAAGAGUUUAUCUGCGAUCAGUGUGGCAAGUCGUUCAACAUGCAGAGAAAACUCAUCAAACACACAAUGAGACACACAGGAGAGAAACCGUACUGCUGCCAGACCUGCGGUAAGUGCUUCGCCGGGUCAGGUGACCUCCAGCGGCACGUGCGUUCACACACAGGUGAGCGUCCGUACGUGUGUGAAACCUGUGGGAAAGGUUUCACACGCACUGCAGUGCUACGCCGUCACCGAAACUCGCACUGCAACACACAAGCACACACCACGACCGACGCAGACACAUGCGCUGCGCCCUCUCACACUGACGCAGACCCUCAUCUGCACACCGUAACCACCACUCAGUCUCCACACUCGCCUCAUUCCCACAGUCAGGGUGAACUCUGUGCUCUUCCUCAUCCUGCCUCUGCCUCUGCCCCGCCUCCUUUGGAAAGUUCCAGGCAAGCUCCGCCUACUCAUGACGCUGCCUCCACUACGUUCUUCUCCUCACACUCUUCUUCUUCUUUCCCAGAUCUGCGCUCUAGUGUUCCACAUCAUUUCAUAUCCAAGCCCCUCCCUUUGAACUCUAAGGCUCCUCCUCAUCCUCUAAGGCCCGCCCUCCACUCUGACUCUUCCUUCAGCUGGGACUCACAGUGAAAAUGCUGCAGGAAAUGCAACGAGUCGAAAAGAAAUCUGUGUGCUUUCCACCAGUUCUUCUUCCGGCUGCUUGUGUUAGGGGUCGCCACAGCGGAUUUAUUCCAGAUAUUUAAUGUGGCGUAGCUUUUACAGCCUUCCUGACACAACCCUCCUCGAUCUAUAUGCACUGAGAGCUGUGGAUUUGACCCAAUCUGCUCGUCUUUGAACUGUGUGGGAAACCAGAGCACCCGGAGGAAACCCACGCAGACACGGGGAGAACAUGCAAACUCCACACAAAAAGGCCCUCAUCAGCCAUGAGAUUCGAACCCAGAACCUUCUUGCUGUGAGGCAACAGUGCUAACCACUGCACCACCAUGCUGGCCCUUUUUUUCCCCACCAGUUAUUAUUCAGGAUGAAUAAAAUAAAAUGUUCAUAAAUUAUGUUUUUCAUACUAGAAUCAUCAUUUUAAAUUG